AUGUUGGUUAAUGGUUAUGCAGAGAGAGUUCCAACCGAGCAGUCGACCCGUUGUGAUGGAAGGGUAUGGUAUAUACCUCAUCAUGGGGUGUAUCAUUCUAAGAAGAGAAAACUGCGUGUAGUCUUUGAUUGUGGAGUAACGUUUCAGGGGACAUCGUUGAACUCGCAGCUUCUUCAGGGACCAGAUUUUACAAACUUGUUAGUGGGAGUGCUUACACGAUUCCGUAAAGAACCUGUAGUACUCAUGGGAGAUAUUGAGGCCAUGUAUCAUCAGGUCCGAGUGCCGGCUGAAGACUCUGAUCUGUUAAGGUUCCUGUGGUGGCCCGAUGGAGACUGCAGUCAAGAGCUGGUGGAGUAUAGAAUGACGGUACACCUUUUUGGCGCUACUUCUUCUCCUAGUUGUGCUUGUUUCGCCUUGAGGAAGUGUGCUGAAGAUAAUCAAAGGUGCUUUAGUUCUAAUGCAGUUAACGCGAUCUUGCAUCAUUUCUAUGUUGACGAUUGUUUGGUGUCGACUGGCUCUGAAAAGGAAGCAGUUCUCCUACGUAAAGAGCUUAGUGCUUUGUGUGCGGAAGGUGGGUUUAAGCUCACAAAAUGGGUUAGCAACCGACGCACAGUUCUUGCCACUAUUCCGCAGGAUGAGCGCGCCAAGGAGGUAAAAGAUUUGGAUUUGAGCAGUGACGCUCUGCCCGUAGAGUAUGUCUUGGGGGUACAGUGGUGUAUCCAAUCUGACUCAUUCAAGUUUAAAAUUACACCCAAAACUCAUCCGCUCACACGAAGAGGAAUCUUGUCUGUGACGAGUUCGAUCUAUGACCCUCUUGGUUUCUUGGCACCAGUUGUUUUGUGCGCCAAGAAAAUCCUCCAAGACCUCUGUAGGAGAAGUUUGGGAUGGGACGAACCUUUGCCCUCGUCAGUGACUAAAGAAUGGAUGGCUUGGCUGGAAGAGCUUCAUGAGCUAAAAAAUUGGGAAGUUAGUAGAUGUUUAAAACCUGUGGACUUUGGUCAUCUUGUCUCUGCUCAACUUCAUCACUUUGCAGACGCAAGUGAGGAAGGGUUUGGGACUGCUACUUACCUGUUGCUCCAUGAUGAUAGAGGUCGAACCCACAGCGUAUUUAUGAUGGGAAAGGCACGAGUAGCUCCUCUCAAACUCGUCACCAUUCCUCGGAUGGAGUUGACUGCCGCUGUGAUGGCUAGCAGAAUGGACAAGUUGUGGAGGAAGGAGCUGCAAAUGGACCUUCAAGAGUCUGUCUUUUGGACGGACAGCACUUCCGUUUUGAAAUAUAUAAACAACGAGACGUCCAGAUUUAAAGUCUUCGUGUCAAACAGAGUGUCUGAAAUAUUGAAAAUCUCUAAUGCAUCUCAAUGGAGGUAUGUGAGUACGUUAACCAACCCUGCAGAUCUAGCCUCCAGAGGUGUUAAGGUUCAGUCGUUGCUGAAGACUGAUGCAUGGUUCCGUGGUCCUGACUUUCUUCAUGAUCCUGAGAGCAAGUGGCCCCAAAAUCCUGAGACUUUGGAACACACUCUGAUUGGAGACCCAGAGGUCAAGGCUGUGAUGGUGAAUGUGGCUCAGGUUGAGCAGGUCAGUCCAGUGGAGAAGCUUAUUGAAUACUUUUCCUCCUGGUUCCGUCUCAAAAGGGCUGUUGGCUGGCUUCUCAAGUUUAAGACCUUACUUCUGUCUCUGGUGCAACAUCGAAAGCUGCUGAGAAGAACCCUUUCUGAAUCGGACCAAAGUGCUGAGCAGUUGGAAAAGGAGCUACAGGUCCGUAUGCAAGGAUUUAAGGCUCAAGUGCCAAAGGGUCUUCUGUCUAUGGAGGACAUAGAUGCAGCGGAGUCAAGUAUUAUCCGUUUUUGCCAAAAAACAAUGUUUCCGGAGGAACUGGCCAAUUUGAAGAAAGGAGAGUGUGUAAGGAGGACGAGCCGCCUCUACAAGCUCAACCCGAUCCUGGAUGGUGAUCUCAUUAGAGUCGGAGGACGGCUUAGUAGAGCAGCUAUGCCAGUUGAAGCAAAACAUCCAGUUAUAAUGGCUAAAGAUAAGCACAUCUCCAAUCUUAUUCUCCAUCAUGUACACCAAGUAACAGGCCAUGGUGGACGAAACCACAUGCUUUCUUACCUGCGUCAGAAAUAUUGGAUUCCUGGUGCUUGUGCCGCUAUCAGAAAGGUCUUGGCUAAGUGUGUCAUCUGUUGUAGAUUGUCUGCUUCACCUGGACAUCAAAAAAUGGCUGACCUUCCUUACAACAGAAUAACUCCUGAUGAGCCUCCUUUCAGUCGAGUUGGUCUGGACUGUUUUGGACCAUUUGAAGUCAAACGUGGAAGAGCUGUGGUCAAGAGACGGUUUUCGGCGAGACGUGGUCAAGUCUUGGAAAUCCAUUCGGACAAUGGCACUAACUUUGUGGGUGCUGAGCGUGAAUUGAGGAAUUCCAUAGAGAAUCUGAAUCAGAACCUCAUCAAUGACGUGCUGUUACAAAGGAAUGUAAAAUGGGUUUUUAACCCUCCUACAGCAUCCCAUCAUGGAGGUGCUUGGGAAAGGCUUAUUCGGUCAGUCCGUAAGGUGCUAAACUCUAUUCUGAGGACUCAGACUCUGGAUGAAGAAGGCUUGGUGACAGUGUUCUGUGAGGCUGAAGCUAUUGUUAAUAGCCGCCCUUUAACCAAGGCAUCAACAGAUCCUCAAGACUUGGAGGCUUUGACUCCUAACCAUCUGCUCCUGCUUAAGUCGCAACCAUUGUUGCCACCAGGAUUGUUCGAGAAGGAGGAUGUCUAUAGUCGUCGUCGCUGGAAGCAAGUGCAGUAUAUGUCUAAUUUGUUCUGGAAGCGCUGGGUGAAGGAGUAUCUUCCUGGACUUCAGGAGCGCCAGAAGUGGAAUGCUGUCAAAAGAAACUUUGUUCCUGGAGAUCUUGUGGUGCUGGUGGAUGAUAUGGCACCUCGUAAUGCGUGGGUUAUAGGAAGAAUCGUGGAUACUGUUUCAGACGAAAAUGGGCUGGUGCGAAGCGUACGGAUUAAAACUAAGACCAGUUGUCUGACAAGGCCAAUAACCAAAGUCUGCCUUCUGCAGGAAGCAGAGGAGCAGUGAAGACCCUUGGAUAUAUCAGAAAUGAACUUUGACAUUAUCAGGACUUUUAAAGGAAUGACGUUUCAAUUUGCAUUUCUAACUGGUGUUUGUCUCCCACAAGAGGGUUGUAAAGGUGGUCAAUUAUUACUAUAAAAUAAUUUGGGGCCGGAAUGUAGGAGCCAUACACUGGGUUUUGGGCUUUUAUUAUGUUUUCUCUUUUUCUUGCACUGUUGUGUACAUGCACGCGCAUGGUGACGUCAUCGGUGACUGUGGGCGUUACUGGGGGUGCGAUGUCUGUAUUAAUGUGUGAGUGUGCUCACCUGUGCGCAAGCUUGGGUUUGGAUCAUGGCUGCAGGGUGAUUAUGGGGAGAAACUUUCUGUUGACCGUCACCACUGGCUUUACCACUGUUUUUCCCACCAAUGUUAUCAUCACUAACAUCCGUUACUGAUGUCUCUGAGGUACCUUUGCACUGCUUACAACAUGCAUCGCUCGAAGUAAGUGAUUUGUUGUUUAUGUUUGUGAAAUAGCGUAAUAAAGAGACUCAAUACAUACAAAGGUUCAGCGUGACGCGUCUUCAGUGUGAAUCCUCAUGUUUCAGCCUGCUGUGGCGUUUUAGUUGUUUGGUUGGUUUCAUUUGAGUAAUAUACGCCACAAUACUGCUUAUGAAUCUGACUAUCAAUAAACUGCAGAUGGAUCCUCACUCCACUGACGCCUCAUUUCAAUUUCAGUGGAAACGAAGGCUGCAUGGAGGCUGCAUUUGAAGGGGCAUUAUAAUUGGGACAGCCUAUGUUCCGCUGCGGUAAUGCAAUCUGCCUUUGAAGGAUGCAGCCUCUGAAUUUUGGGAUGCAGAAAAUGACUGCAGGGGAGUGAGGCAUCAAUUCUGCUGGCUAAAUUUUCUUUAUAUAUAAUGGUGAUCUUGAUAGCAAACUGUAUUUUCAUGGGUGAUGUUCCUGAAGUUCAAAAUCUGUAUGGACAUUUCAUACUCCAUCCUAAUCCACGGACCAAUCAUGAGUAUUUCACAAAGACCAUUUACAUGACAUAAAUAAAUAUAUUUAUACAA